AUGGACGAGGGCCAAAGAUGGUGGUCACCGGAGACAGGACUGGAGAUCCGACGGCCCGUGACGAAUAACAAGGUGGAGGUCAAAAUGGAAGAUUUGUUCGCGAUAGUUGCUCGGGUAGUACCCAUUACAGCAGAGGAAUCUCGGGUGCACGGAUACAAUGUGACAAAGGACAACUGCUAUGCCCAUUUGGAGCUCAACUUCAAAUUCUACUCGCUGAGCCCGAGCGUCGAUGGAGUGCUUGGCCAGACCUACAAGACAAAUUACCAGAGUAGAGUCAAAAUAACAGCACCAAUGCCGAUUAUGGGAGGAGCGGACAGAUUUGCUGCUUCUGGUCUCUUCGCAAGGGAUUGCGCAGUUUCGAGCUUUGGGUCGGAAGUGAAACCUGAUUUAGCGGGCAAUGAAGAAUCAUUUGAGGUUGCAUGUGGAAGUGCACAUGGAGGGAGGGGAAUGUAUGCAGAAGGUAAGCAGUGA